AAGCGCAGGACUUGCCCGGGCAUGUGAGAGUCGUCAGAUGGGCCUUUGCUUCCGGGAGUGACACGUGGGGAGCUGGCUUGCUUAGGAUGCCGUCUACCACCAAAUGCUCGUCAGGUGGGAUAAGUCCAGCGCAAGUGGUCCAGGUGGGUGACUUGGGGAUGGAUGAUGAGCAGGACCUCCGGUGCCUCUGCACCGAGUGGGGUCCGGGCCACGACAAAGCUUCCCGGGAUGCCGAAACCUCCGGCCAGAAGAAAAAGAAGAGCCGCCGAUACCAGCGGUUUAUGGCGCGGAGGGCAGUGGAGCAGAGAGGGCUGCAGGGAAAGACCCUGCCGACGACAUCAGGCAGCUCAGAAGUGGGUGGUGCACUGAGCUCCUUGUGCUGUGAAGUCAGCCCUUGUGGCCAGUUGUUCGAGAAGGAUGGAGCAGGGGCUCCUAGGGAACCUUGUCGGCUCUGUCCGGUUGCGCCAGGUGCUUCCCAAAGUCUCAAGAAUCAAAUAGCCUCCCCUGGCGGAAAGGGCACCGGUUCCUCAUUCUGUCCGACGCCCAGGAAAUGUGUGGCGCUUGACUGCGAAAUGGUGGGCACGGGCCCUGCUGGGAGGACGAGUGAGUUGGCGCGGUGCACAGUCGUGAACUACGACGGGGACGUCAUCUACGACAAAUACGUCCGGCCGGAGCUCCCGAUUGUCGAUUACAGGACUCGGUGGAGCGGGGUCACCCGGCGACACAUGGAAAAGGCCACUCCUUUUAAGGUUGCACAGAGCGAGAUCCUACAGAUCGUGAGGGACAAGAUAGUGGUGGGGCAUGCCAUCCACAACGACUUCCGAGCCUUGAAAUAUUUUCACCCUUAUGCCUGGACACGGGACACAAGUCGGAGCCCCCUGCUGAGGAAGAAGAUGGGGCUCCCUAUGAAAGCCAGCGUCUCUCUCAAGAGCCUGGCUAGUGAGCUGCUACACAAGAAUAUUCAGGUUAGCCGAAAUGGACAUUCAUCAGUAGAAGAUGCUCAGACGUCUAUGGAGCUUUACAGAUUGGUGGAGGUACAAUGGGAAAAGACACUGGCCAGUAGCUUCCUGCCAAGCCUUCCAAACAGCCCUCCAGAUAGCAGCUCGGAGAGUGUUUGCUACAUGGAUGACCAGUAUUGGCCCAAGGACUUCGACGCAGGCUGUACAUGAAGGUGCAAACUCUAGAACAGCUUUCCCCAACCUGGUGCCUCCAGUUGAUCUUUUUAACUCUAGCACGGCUAGUGGUCAGGGACAAUGGGAGUUGUGGUUCAAAACAUCUGAAAGGCACCAGGGGCAGGGAUGCUGCUCUAGAAUGUGCACUCGGGACUGUCACUGAGGAGUGGGGAGGCCAUGAUUCUGAACCUAAUGUAGCAACUUUAUUUAUUGCCAAAUUGGACAACCUAAGAAUACACGAUUCUACUGGUGA